AAUUUCCUGGCUAGUGGGGGGGGGGAGGUGCGUGUCACACCAAUUGAUCUUACACUCAUCACAAUCAAUUAAGCCUGUUCUGGAGGGACUGAAGUCCUUGUACAAGACAGUCCGAAGGUCUGCGUCCCGCUUGCAAGUCGCUUUGUUCCUUCAAGUGAAAUCAGCAUCUACGAGAUGUUGGAACCAGGGCAGAAAAUCCGGCCUCGUCUGUCCAGGCAGGAGGCCGUCACGAUGGUGCGACGACUCUACGGCCUCGAAGACGUAACCAUCGAAGAGCUGAAUGGUUAUGACGACAAGAACUACCACGUGCAGAUCUGCGCAGGCUCGAAGAAGCCUCAAAUAUGGCCGCACGGCUACGUUCUGAAAGUGACGAAUUCGUUAGAUUCGGAGAAGCUGCCAUUGGUCGAGGGGCAGAUCGAAAUUGCACUGUACUUGGGAACUCGGGGGAUAAACUGCCCACAGCCUGUCAAGAACCUGUCCGGAAAUUAUUAUUCUUUGGAGGAGCUAACUCACGAAGGCGUCGACAGGAAAAGACACGUAGUGCGCAUGCUCACCUACCAACCUGGCCAGCUGCUGAACACAGCGCCGUGUACGCAGAACUUGAUGUUCAAGGUGGGGAAAUUCCUAGGGCAGAUGGACCGUGUGCUGAGGGGCUUUCGUAAUCCUGCCUACGACAACGCCAAGAGCAUUUGGUCGUUAGAAUGUGCUCCGUCGCUCACGAAGUUCACAUUUGCGGUUAAAGAUGUCGACAAGAAUGAUUUAGUUAACAAAGUAAUAGACGCUUUUGGCAGAGACGUGUUACCAAUCGUGCACACCUUGGAGAAAGGUAUGAUACACGGCGACUUCAAUGAUCAGAACGUGGUGGUAGGGCCCGACCCUGUGGACGGUUCCUGGGACGUCACUGCCGUGCUGGACUUCGGAGACACGCAACUCUCGUGCUAUGUUUUCGAGCUGGCCAUUACUGUGUGCUACGUAAUGCUAUUAGCUUCCGACUUGAACCCACUGGAUGCGGCCGGUCAUGUGAUCGCAGGGUACAGCAUGGUUCGCCCUCUGCCAGACGUCGAAUUUAAUAUUUUGAAGGUAUGCGUAAGUGCUCGACUGUGUCAGAGCCUGGUGAUGGGUGCUUAUUCCUACCAGCAAGAUCCAAAAAAUGAAUACUUGAUUAUAACAUCACAAAGAGGUUGGAAUGUGUUACGGCUCCUCUGGAAUACGCCACAAAGUGACCUUAUCAACAGAUGGAGAAAAACUGUUCCAUUGUAUAAAACAUAAACAGUAUGGUAGUGCUGAAGAAGAAACAAGUGAAUUAUUCAAUUUGAUUAUUACUACUAUAAGUUACAUUGUCAUAAUACACUUUCUUUAAUAAAGCAUAACAAUAUAUAUAAAAUAAGCAAACAAAUUAUUAACACUAU